CAAUUAAAUCGCUUUCAUAGGUAUUAUUCUUCGAAUUCUUUUUUUUUAAGCAACGAAAUUUUUAAGGCGUAGUGAAGAUUGUGUAUGAAAUGUGUUAUUUGGCGCAUUUUACUGAAAAUUGAUUUGAUAACAUUGACUUUCUAAUACACUUAUAAUGGAGGAUGAUAUUAACAAACCCUACAAAAUUUGUGACGUGAAUCGUGAAAAGAAAAAAGGAAUCGUUGCGACGUCUUUAGAAGAUUUAAUAAAUAAAGUGCCGGAUAAAUUAGGAUUGCCAGCUGAACACCUAACAGUAGUUUUGGAGUGCGACGGUACUGAAGUAGAUGACGAGGAAUACUUCUCCACAUUGGACCCAGAUACUUCGUUAAUGAUUUUACAUGGUAACGAAAAGUGGGCUCCUAACAUGCCAAAAUGCCAAGUAUCAUUAGAUCAAACAGAUGAUGUGGCGUUUGGAGACAAAGCACAGGUCGCAAACUUGGUUGGUCGUUUGCAACACAACCUGUGUCAUAUCUCUUUACUCGGAGGACAGGAUCUAGAGCUGCUCUCAGACAUGGAUCCGGAUAGCCUGGCUGACAUUGUAACUGACAGGGAUAACAGGAUAAUCUUAGAACAUAUAAAGGAGGCCUCUGGAAGAAUAUUACUAGAGAAGCGUCAAGCUCAAGAUGCCAUGGAACUGUUGAAAUUAUAUCAUCAGAGUGUUUCUAAUGGAGCUGAAGAUGUCUCUCCACCUAGCCAAGAAAGAGUGUAGAACAAACAAUGAACAAUAUCCUACUUAACCCUCAAUAAUUUAUUUCUAGGGAUGGUUACACUCAAAAGUUUACAAAACAUUUUAUUUGGAUGUAUCACUAUUAAGAGUCAUUGUCAAAUACAUUUGGAUAAACUUUACUUCAACUUAAUAUAUAUUCUUUCAAACUAAGUUCUAAGUAUAGGGAUAAAUUUAGCAUUUAAAGAAAUAAAAUAUAAAUACACCAAAUGAAUGAGGCCUUUUUUAAGGAAAUACUGGAUUUGUAUAACCAUUAUUUGAUUGCCAAUACUUGAUACAUUUUUAAAUUUAUAUAUUAUGCUUAUUCAGAUAGAUUUAAUAUAAAUUGUAUAUUGUAGAUUUAAUUAUUAUUGUCAUCUCAUCAGUUUUCAACACAUUUGGCUAGGUGAAGUGGGCAUAGAACCUACUUUCAAUAUACCUAUUAUAUUUCAAUAUAUAUUAUAUUACGAUAAGGUAUGCAAAUAUAUUGUGUUUAAUGUAUAAAAGUAAGGAUCUUAUCUUAUGAAUAUGAGCUAAAGUUAACAUUAUCGUAAAAUGUGAAAUUCUAAAACAAUAAUAAAGGGUUACCACAGCACAAUUUUUCAGCCAAAUCUGGGGCAAAAACCGCACAUUUUCUUUAAUAAAAUAAUUAGUAAGUAAAUUUAAAUGGAUAUUUGUUUGUAAAUUUCAAAUCUCACUUCAAUAUUUUCACUGAGAUAAAUUUUCAUUUUUCAAUUUAAUUUGAAAAACUUCAGUUAAUAGUGGAUUGUUUAAGUCACAAUUAUUAUUUUUGAACCUUUUAAAAUAUUUGUAAUCGCAAAGGAGUUUUUUAUAAUCUUCAUGAUAGAAAGGAGAGAAAGAAAGAAAAGUAAUUUAUCAGACAAUAGAUAUGCUAGAGUCUAAGCUUGCUAUUUAUAGUUUUAAUUUAUUUUAUCAUUUGUAAACUUUUGAGAGUCUUAUUGCUACAAGGUUGAUAAUCAACAUCAAUUUAAAAGACUGAUAGUUGGUAAUUUUUUUUUUUAUAUAGUUUUACCCCUAGAAUAAGAUUAAUUCAUUUAAUUCCAAAUUUGCUCAAACAUUUUACAAGUAUUAAAUAAGUUAACCUAAUUUAAACUCCACUGCCACAAAAAUAUGUAACAUAAACCAGCUGAGCAACAGAACUGCUGAAAGAUAUUGAUCAGGAGUAAAUACAUCAUAUUAUUCAUUUAUUAUUUUGCUUACCUACACUCAAAACAACUUAACGUCAUGAAAGAAUUGAUUUCGAGUAACUGUUUAUGAAGCACGUUUAUGACAUAUUGACUGUGAAAAUUGCACUCCAUUAAAAAUUCUGCACCCGAAAAUCAAGUUGCUAUGCAACUUUAAUGCAAUACAUUUGUAAAGAUAUUUCUAAGUCCAUUUUAAAGCACUUAAGGGCAAUGAGAUGUUAUUACCUCAAGUCCAGAAAAAGUGGCUCAACCUGAUAGUUAAUAAUUUCUAGAAUGCAGGCUUGUAAUUACUGUGGAAUUAGUUUAAUUUAUCAUACAAAAUAUUAUAUGGUAGGAUAAGUAAUAAUUAUAGAUAUAAUAUAUUAACUUUAAGUGAUCUAUUAGUUCUUAGAUGCGUUUUUAUAUGUUGAGGUAAUAAUAUCUCAUUGGUUUAUUGUACUAAGGUAAAUAUACAUGGUAAGUAUAUAUUUCCUUCCAAAUAAAAAUAAAAAAUGUCUGUACCUCCAAUAGGCCCAGAUAAGUGCAACACUCCCCUUUAUCUAAUUCAAGCUAUCCAAAAAGUUUAAAUUUAUGCAAGCAGGCACCAAAUAGAAUUUAGUAUACAAGAUGUCAGGAUUGAUGCUAACAUUGCUAUACCAGAAAGCUGUUAGUUAUGAGUCCUACCUACAUUCUGUUCAAACUCAAAAGGUGCACUAAAGUUAAAUUCACUGUCAUCCCUACAUUUAAAAAAUUCAACUCUCAAAGACAAUAUUAAGCAACUUUGUAAAGUAAUGUGUAUUAAACUUUUCCCAAAGGUUUAGCGAUUGUAGUAAGGAGCCUGGGUAACUUAUUAAUAGUGCACUAUUUUAAUUUAUUCCCAAAAUAGUGGCCACGCAUUAACCUUUAAUAUGAAUAAGUAUUUUAUUAAUUAAAAUUGUCUAAAGUAUCAGGUAUUUGAGAUAUUAACAGCUUAAUAGCUUUAAAUGUUUUGGUAGUGGUAUAUUAUUAAUAAAAUAACUAAAAUUAAACAUACUUUUGACUUUAAAAUAGAUAGUAAGCCUAUAUGUUCCAUAAAUUUUAACAAUACAAUUUCAUUCACAAGAAUUUUUGGGCAGGUAUCUCAUAUUUAUAAAGAUACCCUUUUUUCAAAUACAAAAAGAGACAAUUUUUACAUUUAGUUUUAAAUUUUAGUGUAUUUAAAACUUUUGGUGCAUUCAGCACCAUUUUAACUUUGAUAGUUUAUAUUUCUAAAGCCUGACACUUAAGAUUUUAAUAAUAAAUAAUAUUUGUUUGUAUUGAUAUUAGGUUUUUUUUGUUAGCCGUUAUUAUGAAGAAAAAAAAAUAAAAAAAAUUCAACCCCCUUUAUCCUUUACGUAGGUAUACCUAUAUCCAUUUUGUUAUAUGGAUUUCAUUCCUCAGGAUUCCUUGCAAAACAGACAAAUUAUUUGCAAGAAAUUAAAAAUGCACAUGAGUGUCUGCUGCAAUUUCCCUGUCUUGUCAUGAUUGGAAGGGGGACAAGGUUUUGUAUGCUAUUUCAUCAUUUUGUCAAAUGAUAAAUGUCUGUUACUCAUUUUACACGGUGGGUACAGCUCCAUCCUUGCUGUUAUUUAUUUCCGAACUUUUCACUAUUUGUGAGCAUUGUUACUAGUUUUAACACUAAAUAAUUAGUUAAAUUAUCUUUAAUAAAAAACUAUAUUGGAACUUUUUUGAUGCUAAAAACAGUCCAUGAUAAAAAUUUAAUUCAAUAACAAAUCUGGGUCUAUUCUAUAAUAAACUACAAAUGGAAUUAUAAAAUUGAUUUUAAUCAUUAUAAUAUUAUAGUAUUUAGACAAUGUCCUAUAUAUUUGUAGUCACUUUUUUACACCCAGAUACUGAAGUAUAAUAAAUGUGUGAAUAGUUGUAGAUAAAAUAAACGAAGGCUGUAAUGGAAUUAGACAUUUAGAAAAUACCCCCAGAAUUCUGUAACAAUUCCCAAGCAAGUAUAAACAAGCUUAUGCCUAAUUAUUGUGGAAUUGAAUUUAGAUUGUUUCACUUGUAUUUGUUGUGCACAAAUAAAGCAUUUAGGUAACUUGUCA